UACGUGCCACUGUUUGGUGCUGCUGACUCUGUGCGCGAAAUGUGUGUGCUGGCCCUUUAAAACAGGGGCUGAGCGAGUAGUGCAACCUGAUCUGUCUGUGCGUGAGCGAGACGGAGCCAGCCUAGGAGAGACGCGCUCAGCUCGACUAUUCGAGCCAGGACAACACGAAGUAUUACUCCCAGCUUUUUGUUCACGAGGACUGAAUAAAACCGGACCGACACCGAUUUGAGAAGUAUCCUAUCGGGCUGGUUCGGAGUGGAAUAGGCGACCGGAAAACUCCCGUGAUCUCCACCGGCUGGGUUGGAUUUUCUCCGCUUACCCAGGGGGACUACACACGGAUAAUACGCUUUAAACCUCCACACUUCUAUAUGGGACAUGUAGGCUCGCGUUUGCCCGGACCUGGAUACACGGGAGUAGGAGUUCCCAGGGAGAUGGUCGGCUGUCGAAGCUGAGACCAGACACAGCUGUGAAUCAGUAUUGUGGUGCUACUUUUAAAGUUUGGUGCUGAUCGCUCUGUGUUGACUGUAGUUUCUUCGGUACUGGAGUGAGUAUUCUCUCUGCUACAGUGGAGGGCUCUAAACACACAGCUAGUCUGGCUGGAUGCAUCACGCGGUGGAGCCGUUUGGCGGGCGUAGCACGCGGGACUCCUUCCCUCUGGACGGACUAAGCCGGGGCACAUGGGGUCCUGUGGGGGGCCGUGCCUGGCAGCCACCUGCCAGGUGUGCACCUGGAAUGAACCAGCACCAGCUUCUUCCUCAUCUACCUCCUGGUCCAAUCGGACUCAACCAUCACAGUAAAUUCUUCAACAAUGGGCCCAUUCGUGGUGAAAAAAUGGAGAUGCCUCCUCAGAUGUUGGCAGACCUUCAGAGGGAGCAGAGACCUCCUCACUUGGCCCCUCCUCCUCAUAGGGCCUGGGAGCACCUGGGUCCCCUGUACAACCCCCCUCUCCAGCCUCAUGGGCCUUUGCCCCUGCCCAGUGAGCACUCGAUGCGGCUCCACAACAUGGGAGGGCCUCCUCUGAACCCACAUCUGCCCCCCAACAGGUCCAACCAGCCCCUCAAGUUUUCAGGUUCUCAGGAGCAACAUGCUCCCCGGGGUGCCCCAUUGCCUGGUGAUGACAUGUGGGCUCAGGUGCACCAGCAGCGGAGCUACCCUGGGAAGAUGGUUGGGGCUCACCUGAAGAGGCCGGGCCCUCCCCUGCCAGAGCACUCAGUCAUCCAGCACACUCCACUGCCAGCCUUGCACCCCAACCCCCGUCUCACUGACGACUGCCCCAGCCCCAGCAAGAGGAAAAAGGGGCUCGAGCAGCAGCAGCAGUUCUCAGGGCCUUCUUCACAGCCCUUAGCCCAUUCACUCCCUCCCAAACCAGCCUUCUGGAGUCCCCUUCACAAAGAUGGCUCCUCAUGGCAGAACCACACCCCAGAACGCAAGAAGCCAGCUCCAGAUAUUCAGGAAAGCAACAAACAGAGCCUGGGGCACUUCACCCCCAAGUCCUCCCCCGCUCCACCUGCCCACUCUAACUCCUCUCCAGGGAGCUACAGACAGGGCUAUGCCUCUCAGCUGUACAAAGACAAAAUGGAACGACCGCUGUAUUCUAUCUCCAAGCCCCAGGCCCCCUCUGUCCAUCCAGCCCCUCCCUGGAGUCUCCCAGAGGGGGCACAGCCAGGUGGUUGCAGACCUCCCUCUGCCAUGGCACCCAGUCCCAGUAGAGGAGGCAGAGAGCAGUACACGGCCAGCCAGCCAUCACCAGCAAACCAUCCUCAGAAUCACAGCGGGGCCGCAGAGCCCUGGAGGGCCCACAGGGCCCCUGCCCAGCCUCUGGAGUGCACCUCUUACAAGCCCACAGGACAGCUACCUCAGCGUACUCCAAACACUGUUCACCAGCGGCAUCACCCCAACGCCCCUGUGCCUCCCACCACCAGCCCUCCCUCUGCUCCCCCCAGCCGUCCUCCUGUCAUCACUGCUAACCCUCCCCUAAAGCAGCCCUCGUCAGCCAGCAUGAGCACUGUCACCACGGUGCCCCUCAGUGGUAGCCCUGUCUAUAGUAACAGCAGUUGCCUAGGACGUCCCUCAUCAGCCUCCUCCACCCUGGAUACACCAUGCAACCAGACUCAUAAUCAGUCGCUGCGAUCCCCUCCUCUGAGACUGGAGCGGCCCAACUAUCCUCGGCCCGAGCCCUCGUCCCUGUUCUCCUCUGGGCCCAUCAGGCAUGGGGACAGCAUUAUCACUAGUAUGUCUGCAGAUCCCCCACACAAUGUCCCCCAAACAAGCCCAAACCUGUCCAGACCAAGUGCCCCACCCGCCCCACAGUCCAUCAAAGAGGCUCUAGACAAACUUGAUGCAGAGCUAGAGGGACAUAUGCAAGCAGAGGAACAGAGGAGAAGAGAAAGGGAGGAGGAAGAGAGGAGGAAGAGGGAGCGAGAAGAGGUAGAGAGGAGGAAGGAGCAAGAUAGGGCUGAGGUGGUGAAGAGACAGCAGGAGCAGGCAAGGAAACAGAGGGAACACCAGGAGAGGGUCAAGAGGCAGCAAGAGGAGGAGAGGCGGAAGAGACAAGAGGAGGAAGAGAGGUGGAGGAGGCAGGAGGAAGAGGAGAGGAGGAAAAGAAAGGAGGAAGAGGAGAGAAGGAAAAGAAAGGAGGAAGAGGAGAGGAGAGCCCAGCUGCAGAGAGAGGAGCAGGAGCGCAGCAAAGCCAAGGAACAGCAUGCUAUGGAGAACCUGGAGAAGCUGUUGAGAGUGAGCCCCCCGCAGGCCCCUCCACCUCCGCCCCUGUCCACCGUACCACCCACUCCAUGGCUGGGCAGCUCAGAGCGGCUGUGCCCGCCCCCACUUACUCCUCAGACAGAGUAUGCCCGAGAAAAGCAGAGGCAGAGAGCCAUGUGGAACAGCAGCAGUAUGCUCUAUCCUCCACCUACACACAGUACCUCACACCCCUACAAGCCCCCGGCCAUGCAGCCUGCCGCGGGACAAGCCAAAGACUCAGCCCCCGCCAUGGCACUUAGAGAUCCCCCCAAAUUAUACCAAGCCCCCCCACUGCCCCCCCCCUCGGCCCAGUGCACAAGGGCCAGAGCCAGUGACUGUAGAGCACCACUCAGUUUUGAAGAGGAGUCUUCGGAGAUGUCCACGCUCCUGCCAGACGGUUUGGCCAAUAUCAUGGCCAUGCUGGAUGAGUCCAUUCAGGAGGAAGAGGAGAUGUUCAAGAAUGGAAGAGCCUGGAGGACUUCUCUCCGUCUGUGCAGCUAGUGAAAAGGGUACCCAUGUGCUCCAGACCUGCUCCCAGUGCCAAAGCACCAAGCCAACCAGGAGGAUGUGAGCUCCAAUCCCCACUCCAGCCCCCCUGUACUCAGCCGCCAGGGCUCCCUGGCCUCUCCUUGCAGCCGCACGUCAUCUCUGAAUGAGGAGGAGGACGAUUACAAACAUCAUCAGAAAGUCAUCUCCAGAGUUCAGGACAUUGGAGUGGGUAACACAGACUACCGCCACAGUGACCUGGCCAAGCUCUAUGGGCUCCCUGAAGUGAAGAGUGAGGUAGAUGAAGAGGAGGAAGAGGAGGACUCUCCUUCCUGCUCCCCUCCACGCCAGAGACCACACCUUCACCAGACUGGGGUCAACAGCAUGUUCAAGUCUUUAGCCAGUCUGGAGAGCCAGAAGUACACAUACCGCGGAGGGCCGUUCGGCACCCCUCCCUCGGCUCUGCUUGGGCUCAAGUACUCAUCCUCACUGUCUCUGGGCCCGGACAUCUGCCGCCAACAGCAAGGUAACUCCCCAGCAUCAGACUCAUCCAACCCCUCUCCCAGCCCCACUGCCCCGCCACAGUCUUGCUCCCCCCCACUGAAGCACCUUCCUGCAAAGGACCAGCCCAAAGCACACGAGCCCAUCAAACCCAUCCGCCUAAUCAAAGAGGAGCAGAGGUUCACCGCCAUUUCCCAGUCUUCUCUCUCUGAGCUGGGCAAGAGCUGUGAAGUUUUGCUCAGUCGCCAGAAGCACGAUGGCUAUGAAAGAACGGAGAGACACCGUAGUGACCACAGAGAGAGGAAGAGGGACAAGGAGAAGCGGAAGAAGCACGGCCGCAGCAAACACCAUGAGAGGAGCGAGACCAGGCGUCACCAAGGAGAUCCAGAUGUCUCCUCAGCUUCCUCCUCUCACUCCAGCUUUAGCCACAGGAAACACAGCAAGAGCCACAAGGACCGAAAGGAGCGGAGAGUCCUGGGUGACCUCAACACUCAGAGCAAAGAUGAGAAAAUAGGCAGAGAUGUUUGAGAAGAACCACAAAGAUCCACUAGCAGUAGCUCCAGCAGUGAGGACCACCAUGCAGGUUCUGAGGUGGUCUCUGUAGGCUCCAAUGAUAUGCUGAAGCUAAAGGCACUGUCUGAUGGUCCACCCAAAGAGCUGAAGAUCCGGCUGAUCAAAGUGGAGAAUGGUGACCGUGAGACGUUCAUUGCCUCAGAGGUGGAGGAGAAAAGGAUCCCACUGAAGGACAUAAGCAUCAAGAACACAGCCAGUGAAAUCAUUCGCUCCUGCAAAGGUGCCAAAAUCAAAGGGAAGUUCAAGGAAUCAUACCUGCUCCCAGCCUUCUCCGUCAAACCCGACAUGACGGCAGGUGGACCCAUCCCACGAGAGAAGCUCAACCCCCCCACACCCAGCAUCUAUUUGGAGAGUAAAAGAGAUGCGUUCUCCCCCGUGCUGCUGCAGUUCUGCACGGACCCCAAGAACCCAGUAACUGUCAUCAGAGGCCUGGCCGGGUCCCUGCGCCUCAGUAAACCUGGCCUGUUCUCCACAAAGUCCCUGGUGGAUGCAAACUCAGACCAGUCUGUGGAGGUGAGAACACAGGUGCAGCAGCCUGCCGACGAGAACUGGGACCCCAGUGGCACAAAGCAGACUUGGCCUUGUGAGAGCAGCCGCUCCCACACCACGAUCGCAAAGUAUGCACAGUACCAGGCCUCCAGCUUCCAGGAGAGUCUGCAGGAGGAGAAGAGCAGUUCUGAUGAAGAGGGGGAAGAGGAGAAGGAGAAGAAGCCCUGUGCUGACACUCUGAAGGAGAGCCCCAAGGACGGCACCAAGGAGAUCAGCAGUGAACAGAAACCUCCAGGGAAGAUUAUUAAAUUUGGGACCAACAUCGACCUGUCAGACCCCAAGAGGUGGAAGGCCCAGCUGCAGGAGCUGCAGAAGCUGCAGCCUUCAUGAGGGUCCUCCUCCAGUGGGAACAUGCUGAGCCAUGUGGGACACACCAUCCUGGGCAUGAACACAGUGCAGCUGUAUAUGAAGGUCCCAGGCAGCCGCACACCAGGUCACCAGGAGAACAACAACUUCUGCUCUGUGAACAUCAACAUCGGCCCUGGGGACUGUGAGUGGUUCUCGGUGCAUGAGCACUACUGGCAGGCCAUCAGCGACUUCUGUGAAAAGCAUGGUGUAGACUACCUGACAGGCUCGUGGUGGCCUGUGCUCCAAGACCUGUAUGCAGCUAACAUACCGGUGUACCGCUUCAUCCAGCGUCCCGGGGAUCUAGUGUGGAUCAAUGCAGGCACAGUGCACUGGGUCCAGGCUGUGGGCUGGUGCAACAACAUCGCCUGGAAUGUGGGCCCUCUUCACGGAUACCAGUACCAGUUGGCUCUGGAGAGGUUUGAGUGGAAUGAAGUGAAGAAGGUCAAAUCUAUUGUCCCUAUGAUCCACGUGUCCUGGAACGUGGCCCGCAGCCUCAAGAUCACCGAUCCCGACACCUACAAGAUGAUCAAACACUGCCUGCUGCAGUCCAUGAAGCACAUUCAGAUCCUACGGGACCAGCUGGUGGGCGAGGGGAAGAAGAUCUCGUACCAGAGCCGUGUGAAGGACGAGCCGGCCUACUACUGCAACGAGUGUGAUGUGGAGGUGUUUAACCUGCUGUUUGUGACCAGUGAGAACAGCAGUAGAAAAACUUACAUGGUACACUGUGAGGACUGUGCCAGGCGCAUGAGCCCAGGCUUGGGCUCUGUGGUGGUGCUGGAGCAGUACCGCAUGGAGGAGCUCAUGGCUGUCUAUGACGCCUUCAGCCUGGCUGCCCCCUCCAGGUGACCGCGCCUCACUGAACCUCUGCCAAAACCAAAACACAUCCAUGGUUUCAAUACUACUUGCGGGACUCUCCAGUCAGACACGUGCUAAUUAUUACUGUUUACAAGACAUUACUACGCCACCAUCUCAUCCAGGUUACCCCAGAAUGGUGCUCAGACCUUCAGCCAGCCGCAGAUCAAACCAGGACUGGACUCAUUUGUACCCAUUGUUUUUUUUCUAAUUCUGAGGUGCUGUUUUGUAAUUUAUUGAGUUUUUUAUGAUAGAUUAGCUUAGAUAUAUACCACAUUGGCCUUGUAACGUCUAUUUAUGAAAGAGAAAAGGAAGAAUACUACUAGAUAUGAACCUUUUUAACACAUUAAGACUUUUUUGAACAAUUUGGAUUUCUUCAGAACAUACGGGUUGGAGCGACUGCUUUUUCUGUGUUGUAAAUGUUUUUUAUAAAUGUUAUUUUUUGUCUUGAAUGCUCUCCUGGUGUUACCUCGGAGGUGUUACCUCGGAGCUGUUCCUCUUUUGUACAUUUUUAUUUAAAUGUUUCUUCUAUUUAUUGGAAAUGUCAUGAUUUUGUUCUAGGGUUUGUGAGUUCUCAUAAUGGUUGGUGAAAGAGGCUGCUGAUUUUUUUUUUUUUUUUUUUUUUUUUUUUGGUGCUGGCCUCUCCACUCCUGCCUUUUUUCUAAAUAUAUAUAUAUGAAUCUCUAUCUUGAAUAUUAAUGCCACCUUUCCUGUAGACUAUAGGCACACUGCUAACAUAGACUGAGGAAUGCUGUUGUAUGCUUAUGAAAAACUUCACUUUUCCAAAGGAUUACUUGUAAUUUUCUAUUAUGUAGGGGGCUUUUAGGUGAAAUUGUAAGAUUUUUUUAAUUUUUUUUUGUUAACAGAAUUCAUGGUGCUAAAUGUUUUUUGGACUUUUAUUUUACGUUCUCAUCGAAGUAAGAAUUCUAUUUUUCCUGCUGCAAUAUCCCCUUUCCUUUGUGUGCUCAUUAUUUAUAGCUGCACUGUUGGAGAUUCCACGUGGACACCACACACCAAACUGAGCCAGACAUGUCUUAAACACUUGUGAAAUUGUGUGAUUCUUAAUAAACGCUCUUUGACAGUGA